GCGUGUUGGCGGGAACUCCUGCGUCCGUUGACAAAGGGGGGAUCGAGACAACGGGAGGUGCCAAGUGUCAAGUGGUACGUGGGGGAGUUGCCACGUGUGGAAAAAGUGGUACGUGGGGGAGUUUCACUUCCGGCCCUUCUGGGGACAAAUAGGGCUAGAUGGCUCAGGAGAAGGCACGCGCGGGGUCGGACCUGCUGAAGGAGGCUGGAAUGGAGAAGUACGAGGAGACAAAGCAGGCGGCUGGAGAGAAACUGGAGGAAGCGAAACGGAGCGCCCAGGAGAAAUACGAGAGAGCGAAGGAGGUUGGUUCUGAGAAGGCGCAGGAAGCCAAGGAGGCAGCGCAGGAAAAGCUCGAGAGAGCGAAGGAGGCUGGCUCUGAGAAGACGCAGGAAGCCAAGGAGGCAGCGCAGGAGAAGUACGAGAGAGCGAAGGAGGUUGGCUCUGAGAAGACGCAGGAAGCCAAGGAGGCAGCGCAGGAGAAGUACGAGAGAGCGAAGGAGGUUGGCUCCGAGAAGUGGCAGGAAGCCAAGGAGGCAGCUCAGGAGUCGAAGCAGAGGGCUGCAGAGAAAGCGGACGAAGCGAAAAGGAGCGCUCAGGAGAGGUACGAGAGAGGGAAGGAGGUGGCGUCUCAGAAGUCGCAGGAGGCCAAGGAGGCAGCCAAGGAGAAAUACGACGCAGCGAAGGAGACUGCCGCUGAGAAGGGGCAGCGGGGUAAGGAGGCUAUGGAGGAACAGCGACGCCAAGCAGCCGAAGCCAUGGAAGAGUCGAAACAGAGGACCGCAGGCGUAGUGGAAAAUAUAAAGGAGAGGGCGAGUGCGGCUAUGGAGACGUUGAAGGAGAAAGUGGGAAUGAAAGGCGGAGGUGGUCAGGAGACGGCUGCAGAGAAACUGGAGGAAGCACAAAGAAGCGCGCAGGAGAAGCUUGAGAGCGCGAGGGAGGUUACCUCUGCGAAGUCGGAGGAAGCGAAGGACGCCGCCCAAGAGAGGUACGAUGAAGCGAAGGAGGUCGCCGCCCUGAAAACGCAACAGGCGAAGGAGGCUAUGGAUGAAGAGCGACAGCGAGCAGCCGAAGCGAUGGAAGAGUCGAAACAGAGCUCCCCAAGCGCAAUUGAUAGUCUUAUGGAGAGAGCAAGUGCGGCUGUAGAGACGUUGAAGGGGGAGACGGUCGGAAGCGGAGCAGGUGGUCAGGAGACGGGAUCUCGACGCUGAGCAGCGGCGCGUCCGCAGACCGGGCGGAGGAUUUGGUGUCCCGCGCCAAAACCAGAUCUCGAUGCUGAGCAGCGGCGCGUCCGCAGACCGGGCGGAGGAUUUGGUGUUCCGCGCAAAGAAAGCGCCUCUCUCAAGGACGGGAGAGAGACCUCCAUAACACGACACGCUGUUAGGUAUUGGCACUAUCAGGAGCGUCGUGCUUUUCUGAGUUGAAGUAGAAAUUGGUUGCCGUCUUCUCGGCGGAUGUCCGCUCUCUCGUUUAUUUGUUGACGUCAAGAGAGACGACGGUCACUGAAAAUGGGAAUAGCAAGGAGAUGGUGAAGCUACAGUCGCUCUCUCGUUUAUUUGUUGACGUCAAGAGAGAUGACGGUCACUGAAAAUGGGAAUAGCAAGGAGAUCGUGAAGCUACAGUCGCUCUCUCGUUUAUUUGUUGACGUCAAGAGAGAUGACGGUCGCUGAAAAUGGGAAUAGCAAGGAGAUGGUGAAGCUACAGUCGCGAUCGUUUCGCAGAAGGUUGCAGUUCUGAACAAUGAGAUGGUUGAAGAGUAUGAUUGCGGACACAAAAUUUCGUUUAUACUAUAAGAGGUUAAGAGGUGGCUGAUUGGUUGGUGUGUGUGCUUUAUGUCUCUUCUCUCUGCGUUCGUCGGUAAGUGGAAGGGAUACUCAGUUGUUCUUUGACAAGAAUAGAGGAGCCGAAUGAGCCCUCUGUUCAUGCAGCCCCUUGUGCAAGGCGGCCACGAUUUCGUGUAUAAGACGUUGGGAGUUGGUGUUUGAGUCUAUAAUUGGUGGUUGUGCUUUUUUCUGUUCACCUUUGUCGAAAAUGGAAGCCCCAUAAAAAAAAAAGAAUAAAAAAAAAAGUGGAAGCCCCUUGACGGGGCGCUCUUCGACUAAAAUAGAGAAGCCAAAUUAACUGUUCAUGAAGCCCGUUCACGGGGCGUUGAGGUUGCAGCGGUGGGGCGGGGCUUGUGAUAAUUAAGUUUUUGACUUUUUCUUCGUUCGCUGUGGUGGGGCAGGCAGAGAUGCUCACACUGGAACGUUUCAAGUUGGGAGUCGUGUCACGACGUGUUGGAAAGCGCGGAGAAGUGUGUUUUUUGUUUGGGGGGCGGCGGAGAGGGGAGACUCCGGAGAGUGUUUUAUUUUCCCCUUUCUCUCAUUUGUUUCUCCGCGAUGAAUUCGAAGGGAGCAGCAGUACCGGUAAUGUGUUGGACCCUGUGUGGUGGUCCACAGACGUCUAUUGCGUGGAUGGUCGAGCGCGAAGGACUUCAAUGAUCGAUCUGAGUCGUGCUGACACGUGUAAUGCUGAGAGCGACCCGUGGUGGAUAUGCCCGAGGGUCGUGUCUUUUCCAUUCUACUUUCGUUUUGCUUUUUUUUUUCGUUUCUUCAAUCCAUUUAGGGAGUGGAUAUUAAAAUGAUCCGUUCUUUUCCCAGAUUAAAAAAAUUAAUAAUAAUAAUAAUUCUGUUCUAUUUUUCUCUUGUUGGAGGAAUGACAUUGAGGUUUUAACUGACAGCGACUGUGUUGUGGAGUAUUGACCUCGCUCCACUAAUGAAAUGUGCAAAAAAUC